AUGUUCUCUGCCAUAGCGACUGCUCCGGCCAAGCAGUCGGUGGGCGAAACGAUCUCCGUCCUCAGCGGUCGUCUGAGCUCGGCCACCCUGCUCGAAGACCGGCGCGCCGCCAUACAGGGUUUGCGCAGCUUCGCAAAGGACUACCCGGCUUCUGUCGCUUCCGGGGCUCUACGGAGCCUGAUCGGGUGUCUGAGCAAUGAUGGGCAAGAUGUGGACACGGUCAAGGUGGUGCUUGAGACCCUGCUGAUGCUCUUCAACCCCAACGAGGGCAGCCCCGAAGCCUCAGAAGAAAUCGCCUUGUGGUUGGCCGACGAGUUCACCCAGAGACAAGAGAACAUCACGCUCCUGCUUGACUUCCUAGAGACGCCUGACUUCUACGCGCGAUUGUACUCCCUACAACUGCUCAUAGCGAUCCUUUCUGCUCGAACAGAACGCACCGAAGAAUGCGUGUUCACCGCGCCCCUUGGCAUCUCGAGGCUCGUGGCCAUACUCGACGACCGAAGAGAGGCUGUCCGGAACGAAGCAGUUACCUUGCUCAUCUACCUCACCCCCUCAAAUGUUGACAUACAAAAGCUGGUCGCUUUCGAAGAUGCCUUCAAGAGAAUAUUUACAAUUAUCGCCUCGGAUGGAUCCCUCUCGGAGGGCGGACAGAUCGUGGAGGAUUGCCUGAUAUUGCUGGCAAAUUUGUUACGAUUGAAUGCUUCCAACCAAACCCAAUUCCGCGAAACAGGAUGUGUCCCUGAACUGGCGCAACUGCUCCAGAGCGCAUACAAGCCCCCAGAAGACGGGGAGGAGGUGGCGCCUUGGGCACAGGCACAGCGUAACCGGAAUGUAUAUGCCUUGCUUGCAGUCAUCCGCCUGUUUCUCGUUCGCGGUGCGGUUGGCACCAUGCAAAACCAGAGCGCUUUCUGGCAAUAUCAUCUUCUGUACCACGCCCUGCAACUUGCCUUCAGCCACUCCGCUGAGAACCCUAUCAAGGCCGAGGCACUCGUGACAUGCGCCGAUAUUAUCAGAGCCAACCCAACGCUCCAAGAGAAUUUCGCGCAGCUCCAAGUCCCCUCGCCACUUGAAAGCCCGCAGGAUGGACACGGUGCCCAGGCCAACGGUGUCCCCAAAAUCUAUGUUAUUGACGGCCUUUUGGAUCUCACCCUUUGCGUUCACAGUUUACAGGCCUUCGACAUCCGAAUGGCAGCGUGCGAAACCUUGAAGGCCUACUUUUUCAACCACCCCGGGAUUCGCGAGCAUUUCCUUCGGCGAGCCAUCGAAGGGCACAAGUCGGGAACCAUCGAAGCCGCGAACGUUUUGACGACCUUGCUUCGCUCGCCAACCGAAGAAUCGACAGUGGACCCUUAUAGACACUGGUUUGCAGCGUGCAUAAUGCUGCAUCUCGUUUUCGAAAACGCGACAACCAAGGAGCUUGCAAGACAAGUUACUGAGGGCAACGAGGCCGAAGGGGAGGAGGUAGUGACUAGCAUUCAGAUCAUCACGUCGCAUCUGAUAGGCAGUCUCUCGCGAAACGACGAUGAGCGCAUCACUAUAGGGUAUCUAAUGCUCCUGCUCUGCUGGCUGUUCGAAGACCUAGAUGGCGUGAACGAGUUGCUAGAGGAAGGUAGCAACGUCCAGCGCCUCAUUCAAACUGUCGUGAAGAACAGCUCCAGCGAAACACUGGUUCAGGGUCUCUGCGCCAUGAUGCUUGGCGUGGCAUAUGAGUUCUCCACGAAAGACUCACCAAUACCACGAGGCACUCUGCAACCACAUCUGAUGUCCAACAUGGGCCGCGACAGAUAUAUUGAUAAAAUGAGCAAAUUGCGGGCUCACCCUCACGUGCGGGACUUUGAGAUGAUCCCGCAAAAGCUUGAUCCUUCUACCGGCAAACUUCCCGAGGUCUACUUCGACGAGACAUUCGUCGAUUUCUUCAAAGACAACUACAGCCGUAUCUUGCGGGCCAUCGAUAGAGAUCCAGGGAUGGAGAUUUCAGUGGUCACGAACGGCGUCCAGAAAGGAAUCUCUCGAGAACUGGUCGACUCGCUGCGGUCUCAGCUGGAUGAGAAGGAGAAGGCCCUGCAAGGAUGCCAGGCGAGCCUCGCCCACCUUGAGCAGCAACUUGGCCAGGAGCGCGCAGACACGAGACGUCUCAAGGAAACCAGCUCGGUCGAGCUCACGCGGAUAAAAUCCGUCAACGAGAGCCUGCAGAGGAACCAUGAGACCGAAAUCCGGCAGCUGCACGAACAAUUCAGCGCGAGAGAGGCCGAGCUUCAGAGACACGUGGAGACAGCGCGGAAAGAAGGCGCUUCCGAGAUCGAAAGGCUUCAGAAGAAGGCCGACACAGCGCAGAAAGAGGCGGCGGCUGAGGUAGAGAACCUUCAGAAGAAGGCCGAGGCUGACCUCAAAACGAAGGCGGAAGAGUACGAGAAGCAGCUCCGACUGAAGGAGGAAGAACACCAGAAGCAGCUGGCGUUGAAGGAUGAGCAGCGUACCCGUGAGGUCGAGGAAGUCCGCAAGCAGACGCAAGAGGGCCACAGGCGCAGGCAGUCCGAAGCAGAUCGGUCAUCUAGGCGGGCGGAGGCAGAAAAGGCUGAUCUGAAGGCCACAAUCAGCAGGCUCGAGGUAGACCUUAUGAAGGCAAACAAGAGCAAGACACAGGAAGCAUCAGCAGCCAAAGAAGCCUCGGAACGUGCUGCUAAGAAGGCUGCUGAAUUGGAGAAGAAGGUCAAAGAUCUUGAAUCAAAGACCAAAGAGGCCGAGGCACUUGUCAAGCAGAAGGAUACGGAGAAAGAGUCUACGCAGGGCGAGCUGGACGACAUGCUGAUGCUUUUCGCUGAUGCUGAAGAGAAGGUCAACAAGUACAAGGAGAAGCUCAAGGCAUUGGGCGAGACCAUCUCAGACGACGAGGACGAUGGUGAGGACGAUGAAGAGGGGGAUGCAGAUGAGGACGAAGAUGAAGACAACGCAAAGGAGGACGAGACGUCGGAAAAGGGUGGGAACGACGUGGACUAA